AUGUUCCCGGCUCAGGAGGAGGCUGACAGGACCGUGUUUGUGGGCAAUUUAGAGGCCCGAGUGCGGGAAGAGAUUCUUUACGAGCUUUUCUUACAGGCUGGGCCACUAACCAAAGUGACUCUUUGCAAAGACAGAGAUGGAAAACCAAAGUCCUUUGGCUUUGUCUGCUUCAAGCACCCUGAAUCUGUGUCUUAUGCCAUAGCUUUGCUGAAUGGAAUUCGUUUGUAUGGGAGACCAAUUAAUGUGCAGUAUCGGUUUGGGAGUUCUCGCUCUUCUGAAUCAGCUAUCCAAAGUUUUGAGAGCAGUGCUAAGAUUAACUCACACAGCUUCAGGAACGAUGAAAUGGCAGUCAGGCCUUCCUUUCCCGUGCCGUUUUUCCCAAUUACAGGUGCUGCCUUACCUCAAGAGUAUUUUUUCUUUCAAAAAAUGUGGCAAACCCACAGUCCAGAGCUGCCACCUCCUUUCUAUGAGAUGUCGGCUCCGCUUCCCAACAGCACACCUGGGUCUUGCUCCUUAAAUCACGCUCCAGACCUAGAGGCUGGACCCAGCUCCUAUGAAUGGACUCACCAACCACCAAGCGACCCUGACCUGUACGCUAGGAAUAAACGAAAGAGGCAAAGGCUAGACAGCGACAGCGACAGUAGCUCCGAAGACAAGAGAGGAAAUGAAGGUAGCCAAAAGUGCCGCAAGUAUAAAAAGAAGAAAAGAUACUAG